UUCAGUCGCCUAUAUGUGACAGGCAAGUGGCCCAAACUUGUUUCUCCUCUUUCUCUCUCUUCAGGAAGGCACUGCGACAACACCGUGUCUGAUUAUUAUCCCCGUUCUUCGCACUUGAAACCCGGCAAAAGAAGACAAAAUGCCGAAACCGAUCAACAUCAACGUCAACACCAUGGACUCAGAGCUGGAGUUUGCCGUCCUGCCUGCUGCCACCGGAGAAGUUGUGUUUGAGCAGGUGGUGAAAACAAUUGGUAUACGUGAAAUCUGGUACUUUGGACUUCAGUACAUGGAUGGAAAAGGUUACCUAACCUGGCUCAAAAUGGACAAAAAGGUGACACAACAGGACGUGAGGAAGGAUAACCCGCUGCACUUUAAGUUUCGGGCCAAGUACUUUCCCGAAGAAGUGACCGAGGAGCUCAUCCAGGAUUCCACGCAGAAGCUCUUCUUCAUGCAGGUGAAAGAGAACAUCCUGAGCGACGAGGUUUACUGUCCACCCGAAACGGCAGUGCUGCUCGCCUCCUACUCUGUCCAAGCCAAGUAUGGAGACUACAACAAAGGAGCCCACCGGCCCGGAUACCUCGCUGCUGAACGUCUGCUUCCACACAGAGUUUUGGAGCAGCACCAGUUAUCCCAAGACCAGUGGGAGGAAAGGAUUCAGGUGUGGCACGAGGAGCACCGCGGGAUGCUGAAGGAGGACGCCAUAAUGGAGUACCUGAAAAUCGCCCAGGACCUGGAAAUGUACGGCGUCAACUACUUUGACAUCAAGAACAAGAAGGGCACCAUACUGUGGCUGGGAGUGGAUGCACUGGGACUCAAUAUUUAUGAGAAGGAGGACAGGUUGACCCCAAAGAUCGGCUUUCCCUGGAGUGAAAUCAAAAACAUCUCUUUCAAUGACAAAAAGUUCACCAUCAAGCCCAUCGACAAAAGAUCACCAGACUUUGUGUUCUAUUCGCCGAGACUGCGCAUAAACAAACGCAUCCUGCAGCUGUGCAUAGGCAACCACGAUCACUACAUAGGCCGACGUAGGCCCGACUCCAUCGAGGUGCAGCAGAUGAAGAAUCAGGCCAGAGAGGACAAGCUACAGAAACAUAAGGAAAGGGCACAGCUGGAUCGCGAGAAGAAGAAGAGGGAGGCGAUCGAGAGGGAGAAGGAAAUGAUGGAGCAGGAGAAGAAAGACAUGAUGUUGAGGCUCUACCACUUUGAGGAGAAGACCAAGAAGACGGAGAAAGAUCUGCAGGAACAGACGCAGAGAGCCAUGAUGCUGGAGCAGGAGCGUUUGAAAGCCCACCAUGAGGCCGCUCGCCUGGAGUCCGAGCGCCAGUCUGCCCUCCUGGCUAAAGAGGCACUGGCUCGCCAUGCCCAGAGUCAGAUGAAGGGGCAAGAGGAGCUGGCUUCAGAGCUGAGGGAGCACACAGCCAGGAUCAGUCUGCUGGAGGAGGCCAGGAAGCGCAAGGAGAGCGAGGCCGACACAUGGCAGCAAAGGGCCAAGGAGGCCCAGGAGGAUCUGAUGAAGACCAAGGAAGAACUCAACAGGGUGAUGAUGACGGGGCCGGCGCCUCUGCCAUCGCUGCCUCCGCCUCCGCCUCCACCUCCGGUUCCUGGCCUGUACGACCAACCCUACGAGUACAACAGCGACAGCGAGGGUAGCAACAGCUUGCAGGAGAGCAACAGCAUGCACCAGAGGAACAGCAUGCACGACAACAGCAGCAGCAUGCACCUGAGAAACAACAUGCACGACAACAGCAGCAGCAUGUACGACAGCAGCGGCAUGCACCAGGGGAACAGCAUGCACGACAACAGCAGCAGCAUGUACGAGAGCGGCGGCCUGCACCAGAGAAACAGCAUGCACGACAACAGCAGCAUGUACGACAGCAGCAGCAUGUACGGGGGAGGCGGCAUGUACCAGGGAGUCGGCAUGCACGACAGCAGCACCAGCAUGCACCAGAGAGGCGGCAUGCAUAUCAACAGCAGCAGCAGCAGCAGCAUGCACGAGGGAAACAGCAUGCUCAGCGCUGACCUGGACUUCGAAGGCAUAAACGAUCACCGCAAGGAGGAGACUCGCCUGACGGAGGCCCAGAAGAACGAGCGUGUUCAGAAACAGCUGAGGGCGCUGACCGCCGAGCUGGCCCACGCACGCGACGAGUCCAAGAACACCAAGAACGACCUCCUCCACUCCGAGAACGUGCGGGCCGGCCGAGACAAAUACAAAACCUUGCGGCAGAUCCGGCAGGGCAACACCAAGCAGAGGAUCGACGAGUUCGAAGCCUUGUAAAUAAGGUACCCGCGACUCUCCGCGGCCUCGUACUUCUAACCCUUCCUGAUUGCUCGCUCGCUUGUUGUGGAAACUUGGUGCCAAACUGGUUUAUCUUCUUUGUGUCAACUACAGCAAGUCACAAAAUAGCAGCGAGCACUCAGAAGGGGCAACACAAUGUUGUGUUUCAUACAGUAAAUUCACGCCUAGUUUGAAUAUUUAUUAAGUACACGGGACAUUAACAAAAGGGUAUAACAUUUGGUUUGUAUAUUUUUGCAAGCUAAUGACGAGAAUUUAUAUAAACAUAUAUCGAAAACAUGUUCCUUGCUUUUAGUUUCAGAUCAGUAGAUGAAAUGGAAUUGUAAAUUAUUGCGCCGCUGUUUUUUAAAUGUAUCAUAAUGCAGCAACAGGCCGUUAGAUGACUUCUUGGCUGACAUCAGGAUGCACGCUGUCUUUUUGUGGCCUUUUUGUGGGCAAAAAUCCCCCAAAAAUGAUUUUUUUUUU